UGUGCAUGCGCAGGGCAGGGAGCCAAGGGGAGCGUUUGAUUCAGGAGGUCGCUCACCUUUCUGGAUUUUAUCAUCUCUUUGCUCUCGUGGGCACGUGAGGUUGGAAUUUUUCUAACUCUGGCAUUCUACAACUGGGACCAGGAGAAGCAGGAGACCCUGGUGAUGGAGACAGGGCAGAGGAGCUGGGAAUAGGCCAUGACCAUGAGCCUGGGCAGCAGCGGCAUCCCAAAGGAGUCAGAGUCUUCUUCCAAACAAAGAGGCACUGCUUUGCCUCACGGUUUGCCUAGGAUUUCUCCCGGGUUGGUGGACAAGAGAACUGAGUUCUCAGCUCAGAGCUGCCCCUCUCUAGCCAGCUGACCCCACACCAGUCACUCCUGCCCCUCUGAGCCUCAGUUUCCUCGUCUGUGAAAUGGGGAUAAGAAUACCUGCAGCUGUGAGGAUUACAAUACGUUGUGUACGUAGAGUGCCUGGUAAAUGUUGCUAGUUGUUAAAACAGGCGCUCUGAGGAUGGAAGAGGGUGUCUUGGGAGGGCAGGAGAUGUGCAAGCGGAAGUGGGGAGUCCUGCCAGGGCAGGAGUUUGGGCUUCUAAGCUCUCCGUCUCACAGAUGGAGUGCCUUGGGGUAGGGCUGGGAACCCCAGCUCCGGUACUCUCCCAGAGCAGGACAGGUCAGAGUGAGGUCAGGGGCCCUGGGGGUGCAGAGAAGAGCAGGGAGCAAAGGUUCUCAAGCAGGUGAAAGGGAAAGGAGGGAGGAAGUGGGGGCUUCUGGGAAGAGACGGGAGUGGCGGUCGCCGUGUGAUGCCGGCCACACAAUCACCCCGAGGCCCCAUUCCGUGACCUCCUUUGUCCCUCACUGCAGACUUUCAAGUUAGGCAUUUCCCACGUGGGGAAACCGGGGCGCAGAAAGGUGAGAUCACUUGCCCAGGGUCACACACUGCAGCCUCCCCAGUCUGUGUGGCUCUGCAGCCUGGACUCCAACAGUCACAGCCACUUUCUUAUCUCAUCUGCCUGACAAGGUUGUGAGUGAAGCAGCGCGAUCUCAGAGGCUCAGAGGGGUCCCAGACCCUGCCGCUGUCUCCCAGGAGCUCUAGGCUGGCAGCUGUCCAGGAGACAUCACCAGGAGACCCGGGACAGGGGCCCAGGGGGACAUGCUCACGCCAUGAAAUGCUCUACUCUCUUCUCUUUUCCUUGCUGUCCCCGGGGCUGGAGGAGCACAGGCCUCCCAGGCACGGGGCCUUGCCCUUGCUGGACUCCCACCUCCUUCCAAAGGUUGAACCUGGGGGGCCCAGAAGUGAGAGCCGUCGGAAGAUCUAGUUCCCUAUGACACGGAUCUCUACCAACGCCAAACGCACGAAUAUUACCCCUAUCUCAGCAGUGAUGGAGAGAGCCACAGCGACCAUUACUGGGACUUCCACCCGCACCACAUGCACAGCGAGUUCGAGAGCUUCCCCGAGAACCACUUCACGGAGCUGCAGAGCGUGCAGGCGCCGCAGCUGCAGCAGCUCUACCGCCACAUGGAGCUGGAGCAGAUGCACGUGCUCGACGCGCCCAUGGCGCCCGCCCACGCCAGCCUUGGCCACCAGGUCUCCUACCUGCCCCGGAUGUGCCUCCCGUACCCCUCCCUGUCCCCGGCUCAGCCCAGCUCGGACGAGGAGGAGGGCGAGCGGCAGAGCCCCCCACUGGAGGUGUCGGACGGGGAGGCCGACGGCCUGGAGCCAGGGCCUGGCCUCCUGCACGGGGAGACAGGCAGCAAGAAGAAAAUCCGCCUGUACCAGUUCCUGCUGGACCUGCUGCGCAGUGGCGACAUGAAGGACAGCAUCUGGUGGGUGGACAAGGACAAGGGCACCUUCCAGUUCUCGUCCAAGCACAAGGAGGCGCUGGCGCACCGCUGGGGCAUCCAGAAGGGCAACCGCAAGAAGAUGACCUACCAGAAGAUGGCCCGCGCGCUUCGCAACUACGGCAAGACGGGCGAGGUCAAGAAAGUCAAGAAGAAGCUCACCUACCAGUUCAGUGGGGAGGUGCUGGGCCGCGGGGGCCUGGCCGAGCGGCGCCACCCGCCCCACUGAGCCCAGGCCUGAGCCCCGCCGGGCUGCCAGGCCUCCCCUCUGGCCAUAGCAUUAACCCCCCGCCCGGCCGGACACAGGGGGGGAAGCUCCCAGGGGCCAGGGGCAGGACUGGGGCGGGCCAGGCCUCGCCUCCCCGCCCACCCCCUCCUCCUCCAAGCCCCCCGCCCGCACCCCUGCUUCGCCUCCCACCAGGACUCCAGCCCCGGCUCCAGAAGGCCACCUGGGCGUCUGGCCCCAGGAAGGGUCAGCUUGCUUAGUACCAGGGGUGCUUCCUUGGGAGUUCGAAGUCAUCAUAUUUGUGUAAAUUGAACCUUCCUCCUAAAGCAUCCCUUUCUCCCCACACCUCUCCCCCAUCAGCUUCCUCAGGAAUACCAGGUAUUAAAGUUAUUCUCAGUGA